CUCAACGACCAGGAGGGUGGUGCAGCACAGCUGGACCUGCACAACCCCUCCAGAAGCCAGCUACCAUUUCUUCAAGCCUCCACGAACCUGGGACCGAGCUCUGCCAUCAUUCCUCUGCCCUCCUGUUUGCCCUGCAACAGCACCAGCUCUGGUUUUCCCGAAAAACACUCAGGCCACCCAGACCCAGCAGAGUCAUUCAGGGAAACCUUAUUUGAACAAGCCACCCAACUCAACACCCACAAAUCUGUACUCCGUUCUCUUUCUGCCCAGCAGGAUUCCACCAACCAAAGAUUGGACCAAAUAAAGAACCCACUGCAGUCGGUCUACCUUUGCUCGCAAAGUAUCAUCUCCAACCCCAGAAUACUUCUCAGGCGAGUGGUAUUUAACAGGUCACCUCACUCUUUUUCUAAUUAUGACGCUAAAAUAUCAUAUUUGAUUGGACUGUUCCGUGGAAGGGCCUUGCGGUGGGCUGAAUCAAGAUUUAACAGUUACCUUCAUUUUGGAUGCACGCUGGCUGAAUUCAUUACUGAAUUCAAGAGGACUUUUGACCAGGCUGCGGACGUGAAGUUUUCCAUGAAACUCUGGAAGGUGAAGCAGGGUCGGCAUUCUGUGGCUGAGUUCUCCACUGAAUUCCAAAGUCUAGCGGCCUCUUCUGGAUGGAAUUCCAACGCACUGAAGAGUGCAUUCAUACCUGCUCUAACACUAGAACUACCAGGAUUUUUCUGCCUACCUAGAACUACCAGAGAGGUGUCAAUUGACCCGGCGGCUUUUCCCGAAUACACUAAUCACUCAUUUUGUCAUGGUAAUGAGGCUGUUAUGGGCCUUGGUGGGGGGUAUAUCUGUCAGCCAAGGUGCCGUUGCUACGGUUACAGAUUUUUGGUGGCCCGUACGGGGAACGGCGUCAGAUGCGCAGGCGACAAGCGCAACCAGAAUCAGCUGUGUGAAGCGGUGCCAGAGCUA